UCAAAAACAUGCUGGAUGUCACAAAUCCUUGAAUCAAGUGCAAAGACAAACCAAGGCAUUUGUUAACAUUUUUUCUUUUCUUUUUUUGGUUUUUGCUUAUAUAUUUGCUGAGUUUCAGCCAUACAAGUGCAACAAGCGCUUGGUUAUCUCUCUGAAUCCACUUCCACACUGCGGUCCACUUUCAAACAAUGGAGUUUGUGAUGUCUGCAAGAGAAGAUUGGCUGAGCCUGAUACCUAUAGCUACUGCUCUAUUUCUUGCAAGGUUACAGCAUUUGGAAGGAAGUCAAGCGAGUCUGAUCCUCCCUUUCUCUCCAUCCAAAGUCCAACCAACACAAGAAGGAACAGAGAUUCAAAAACUGAGCUACGAAAGCGCAAAAGGAAGGGAAUACCUUGCAGGGCUCCCUUCUUCUGAAGACUUGGAAAAGACUUCUAGAGCCCCAUUCGACAAGUAGUUAAUGUUCUAGGAGUUCUGACGUGUUAUGACUCUGGUGUUUGAAGUCUGGUCAUGGGAGCAAUAUAAGGAGCCAAUACUGGAGGUGAAAGUUCUGAUAUGCAUGCAGGACAUUGAUGUUGAAUCUUAAUGCUUGGACUUGGUUGAAAAUGACUGGUUAUAACUAUGCACUUCUGUAGUUUGAACUAAGAAUAUGGAACUUUGUAAUGUGGAUUGUGACUCUUGACUGC